CCUACAAACGCUCAGUAUUCGUUCCGAUCUGGUGCAGUGAAGAUCGUGGUCUAGUGUGUUGGAACGUCCAAACAAAAGAACUGUACCAAAACAAAUACAAACCAGUGAAAUAAUGGCACAAAUUUCGAUCAAUAAGGUCGCGAUCGCGUUGACUGUGAUCUGCUGCUUAGUUUGCUCUAAGCCCACGAGUGCACUGUACUUAAAGUCACCAUGUCCAGCGAUCUUCACGUACCAGGUGGAUCCACAGACGGACCUAAUCUACGGUCUUGUUGAAAUUAACAAUAUCGUACUGGGACGAGUAGCGAAACUCAACGUUGAUCUGUCCAUCGGUGGACAACUGCCGUCGAACAUUGUUGGAUCGCUGAACCUACUCAAGUCACGUGAGUCAACAGUUGAAGAUAUUAUGCAGGGUUUGCCGGCACAGUAUAGGGUGAACUUCCCAGUCCAAAGCAUCCUGCCGACGGUGCUGAGAAUCGCCCUCAAUGGUCAAACGAUCUGCCCCGGUUAUCGUGCCCAGGGUCGUGUCAUAACCAACAUCAACCUGGAACACACGCUGUACACGCAGCAACUGCACAGCCUUCUCCAGAACCAGAACCAAAAUGGUCAACAUUCGGUUGAGCUGGAAACUCGUUUUCAGUCCCAACCCCAACUGCAACCUUUGCUGAGACCACAGUGGAACAACCCUACCGCUAGACCUGGAUCGCUGGUUCGGCCAAACCCCGGGCGUACAACCGUGACUCCACCGGCGUCCGCAACGAGCUCCUCCUGCGGCAAACCCCUGAACGGCGUCCUCAAGCGCUUCUCGAUCAACGGCGAGCUCGUCGACAAGGGACAGUUCCCGUGGCUCGUCCCACUCUUCGAUCGCGUCCAGGUCAACAACCCCAAGUACAUCUGCGGCAGCACGAUCAUCACCAAGCGGCACCUCGUUACGGCCGCCCACUGCGUCUACGACGUGGACAGCUUCAUGCGGCCCGAGCGGAUCCUGGCCGUGCCCGGCAUGUACAACGUGGACAACUUUUUCGACGAAGGCGCCCAGUUUGCGGACGUGGACGCGGUCAUCCCGCACGAAGAUUACGACCACGAGGACGACCUGAACGAUGCCGAUGUGGCGAUUUUGCGACUUAAAACCCCACUAGAUUUCACCGACAACGUCGUCCCCAUCUGUCUGUGGCACGGCGAAAAUGACGUCACGAAAAUCAUCGGCCAGGAGGGCUUCGUCGCGGGCUGGGGUUGGACCGACCGGGGACCGUCAACCGUGCCGACGUACAUCAAGUCGACGGUCGUGAACAAGCGCGAGUGUGGCACCAACUUGGCCCGGAUAUUCCCCAACAGUGCGCGAAUCUUCUGCGGGGAUGGGCGGGGAUCGACACCGUGCAAUGGGGACUCUGGGAGUGGGUUGAUACUGAAGCAAGGCAAUCAGUACUUCCUGCGGGGUAUCGUGUCCAAGGGGCAGCUUAACCCGGAAACGCUCAAGUGUGACGAGAGCAAGUAUGCCAUCUAUACCGAUAUUGCGCCGUUUCGGUUUUGGUUGAAGAAUGCCAUCAGCUAUUGACGAGGAUCUGACUGAUUUUGUUAGAGUUAAACUUAUAGCGAUCUCCUGUAAAUACAUGUGAAUAUAUUGUUACCUGUUUUA